UUGAUUUCAUUCUACUUUAAUCAACACAGUUAAUAAUGUUUUUUUUGUAACGACGUAUUCUUAAAACCUACUCGCAUUAGUACUUAAUAAAAAUGGAGUUAUAAUAUGAUAUUUAAUUAUAAAUUAAGUAAACAUUUUGUAACACUUUAAAUCAAGAAGUAAAGCUAUGGACGAAGAACAACCUAUCAAUUUUUCUAUGGCAAUUAAAACAAAAUCUAUAGAUAAUGAAGAGAUUGCAAUCGAAAUUGACACGGAAGAAGAUAAAAAGAUAGAAACUGACAUAGAAGAAAUUGUUCCUAUCUCAACAGAGGAACAUAAAGACGAAAGUGAAGCAGUGCCUUUGAAGUUUUCCAUAUCAAACAUCCUAGGAAUAACAAAAGAACAAACGGCUACACAAACAAAAGCUGAUAUCCAGAACAGACCAUCGCUCGCAAAACUUAUCCCACAAAAACUUCGGCCCACGUCGCAAAAUAAGUGCGGUUCCAAAACGAAACGUAACCGCACAACAUUUACAACAAGACAGUUACAGGACCUAGAAAUUGCUUUUAGAAGAACUCAUUAUCCUGAUAUAUUUAUGAGGGAGAAACUGGCUACAAAAGUACAUCUACCCGAGUCUAGAAUACAGGUAUGGUUCCAGAAUCGGAGAGCUAAGUGGAGGAAGCGGGAGAAACAAAGUGCUCAUCUUGUGUAUCCACGUUAUCCAUUUCCCUUUACACAACAACAAACACCGUUCAAGGCAGAAAGAAGCUUCUUUCCCGUGAUGUCGUCAUCAAGUAUUUCGACUGGUUCUGGAAUCACAACCGCAAGCAAGGCGUUUCCUAAGUUACCACUAGCAGUUUUACAGUCGAUGAUGGUGAUGAAUUUCGACCAAUCAAAACGGCCAAUAUCUACUUUUAAACAAACAGACAUGAGUCCACAGUUUUAAUCGAACAUACAUUUCUAACAUUACAUAAAAUAUGUUGUAGUUUAUGUAUUUAGUACGACUUUCCCAACGAAUUUAGUAUCGUACAUGUACGUAAAUUUAUUAAAUGACACAUGUUGUGCAGCAUGUUUAGGCCCAAAAAUAUCACUCAAGGGCGGGAUUUUAUGUGAAGAAGGAAUAAUAACAUCUUAAAUAUAUUUUUCCAAGCAACACUUGGAUAUUACUGUGUAAUAUCGAUUGCAAAAGUUGUUGUUUUUUUUUUUUCUUAAAAUAUCAUAUAUUCCAAUAUAAUUCCAAAAGUUGAUAAUAUUUGUCAGUCGCUGUUUCAAAAAUAAAACUAUGUCAAUGUUAA